CGUGUGUGUUUGUGUCUGUGCAUAUGUAUCCAUGUGUGCUCAAGUGUGUAUAAGAGCAGUGACACUCUGGGAAGGGUUAACUCUCAGUCAAGCUCUCUGUGCUCAGGGCCCUAAGACUGGCCCAGGAAUGGGAGGGGUGGGCUCGGAAGGUGGAGCAGGCUGGCUUGUCUGAGCUGCCUUUUCCAAGACAGGAGAGCAAGCGCUUGCCUGGCUGGACUGAGCGUGGUGAACUCGCGUCGCCUUUAGGAAUGGCUGCAAAAGCCCACACCUGGAACUCCCUCCCUUCCUGCCCCCCCAUGGCAGGUUGCAUUCGGGAGGCUCUCCAGUCAUUAGAGGAAUGAGCCGAGGGUGAGCAAUUCACCAGCUCGCCAGCACUUCGAGAACAGCAGGCAAGGAUGGAUGUGGUCGACAGCCUUCUUGUGAAUGGAAGCAACAUCACUCCUCCCUGUGAGCUGGGAAUUGAAAAUGAGACACUUUUCUGCUUGGAUCAGCCCCAUCCUUCUAAAGAGUGGCAGCCAGCCGUGCAGAUUCUUCUGUACUCCUUGAUAUUCCUGCUCAGUGUCCUGGGGAAUACGCUGGUCAUUACGGUGCUGAUUCGGAACAAGAGGAUGAGAACGGUCACCAACAUCUUUCUGCUCUCACUGGCGGUCAGCGACCUCAUGCUCUGCCUCUUCUGCAUGCCGUUCAACCUCAUCCCCAACCUGCUCAAGGAUUUCAUCUUUGGGAGUGCCGUCUGCAAGACCACCACCUACUUCAUGGGCACCUCUGUGAGCGUAUCCACCUUUAAUCUCGUUGCCAUAUCUCUGGAAAGAUACGGUGCGAUUUGCAAACCCUUACAGUCCCGGGUCUGGCAGACCAAAUCCCAUGCUUUGAAGGUGAUCGCCACGACCUGGUGCCUCUCCUUUACCAUUAUGACUCCGUACCCAAUUUAUAGCAACCUGGUGCCUUUUACCAAAAAUAACAACCAGACAGCGAAUAUGUGCCGCUUCCUACUGCCAAAUGACGUCAUGCAGCAGUCCUGGCACACGUUCCUGUUACUCAUCCUCUUUCUUAUUCCUGGAAUUGUGAUGAUGGUGGCGUACGGAUUGAUCUCUUUGGAACUUUACCAAGGAAUAAAAUUUGAUGCUAUCCAGAAAAAGUCUACUAGGGACAGGAAGCCAAGCACCGGCAGCAGCGGCAGGUAUGAGGACAGCGAUGGGUGUUACCUGCAGAAGGCCAAGCCCCGCAGGAAGCUGGAGCUCCAGCAGCUGUCCACACCCAGCAGCGGCAGGGUCAGCCGCAUCAGGAGCAGCAGCUCCACGGCCAACCUCAUGGCCAAGAAGCGGGUGAUCCGCAUGCUCAUGGUCAUCGUGGUCCUCUUCUUCCUGUGCUGGAUGCCCAUCUUCAGCGCCAACGCCUGGCGGGCCUAUGACACGGCUUCGGCCGAGCGCCGCCUCUCGGGGACCCCCAUUUCCUUCAUCCUCCUGCUGUCCUACACCUCCUCCUGCGUCAACCCCAUCAUCUACUGCUUCAUGAACAAACGGUUCCGCCUCGGCUUCAUGGCCACCUUCCCCUGCUGCCCCAACCCCGGUCCCCCAGGAGCGAGGGGAGAGGUGGGAGAGGAGGAGGAAGGCAGGACCGUGGGGGCCUCUCUGUCCCGGUAUUCCUACAGCCACAGGAGCGCCUCGGCGCCGCCCCCCUGAGCCGGACCCGCCUCCCGCGCCACAGGAAGGAGUGGGCAGCGGUGGGGAGACGAGGAGGAAGACUCCAUUACCAGUGGGAACUGUUCAUGGUCUGCUUUUCAUCCUUCAUCCUGGUUCCAGGGGGACGCCGGCAGAGUAGGGCUGUGACUUCGUUUCUGGGCAGUUCAAGGCAGGAAAUGCUUAGUAACACCCACCAUCAGAAACACCUCAACAGGCCAGUCACAGGAGUCCAACAGGGCCCACACUACAAAAGGCAAUGCCAAACACAUGGUCCAGAUGGAGAUGUGGACCCUACUUAAGCUUUAGAAGUUUCUAGAACAUCCAAGGUGGGCUCGCACUCCCCUUAGUGACACAGCUCUAUGCUCUACUUCAUCUGCGGAUGAAGAAGUGUGGAGCCUUGCUUUGCCCCUGGAGUGAGUCUAUCAUGUAUAUACUGUAACCACCCCUCUCAUCAUGACCACAAAAAGGCAACAUGAACCAAACCCUCUUCUGGCCAUUUUUCUGAAGCAAGACAACAGUCUGACUUUUUCUUUUGAGGUUGGUGAAGGCCAUUAUGGUGUCAUCAAAACAGCAUAAGGAAUGUUGUUUUGAUGAAUUGGGAAUUUAUGUUUCUAAAAAGAAAACAGAUGUGUGGCAAAUAGCUGAGUGGAAUGCUGUCCUCCCAUAGUGAACAUUAAGAGCCAGUAGGCAUACAGAAUUUUUUUUCUACUUUAAUGACCUGUAUCGCUUAACUCCACCUUUAUAUGGCGAUAUGGAACGCCAUGGCCUCUUUGCCUCAAUUUCUCAUACUCAUCUGGCACUGCCUCUUUCCCAGAAAGACUCCAGGUACAAAGGAGAGUUGUAACCUCUGUGUACCUGUCCAAGGUUGGAAACAGAAACAUGUGUAGUCAGUCCCAGAAGAAAAACUGACAUACUUGGAUUCCAUUCGCAAAUAGCUUUGAAGGUCAAAGUUGUCUGUCCCGUUAAAUUCAAUCUAUGUAUUUGUCAGUAAUUGUAUUAAUUUU